AUAGAGUAUAUAAUAAUAGUUUUUAUUGAGUAAAUUUUUAUCAAAAUUUGAGUGACUAGGGACUUCUUAACACCCUGUAAAAUUACUUAACAAUUUGCAUUUGACCGAAGAAUCCUGGGCAGCUCUUGUAAUUUACGAUUUCAAUUGGUGAAUUUUUCGGAAUUGGGCAACUAUUGCUGAACAAAACAAGUUUUCUGUAAUCGCUAUGCGAAGAUUUAUAUCAUAGCUACAUUCUGGAAUCUAUUUUGUAUUUGCUCGUGCUGUUUUAGUGCAAUGAAUCCUAUGCGAUUGACAACUUUCCGGAGCGAGGAGUCAAGAUCAACACGUAACGAAGAUCACAAUAUUUUUACAGUUUUACGUUCAAGAACCGAAGAAAAGAAGCAAAGACGCAGACGAGAAUGGCAACGCCAGCAAGAGCGAGAGAGACAACAUGAAAAAUUGAAGCAGCAAAAAAUUUUAGAAUAUGAAAGGAAACGUGCACAAGCUUUAAAAAAAUAUGCUGAGGAAAAAUCGUCACGUCACAGUCAAAGUAAAAGUGAUAGUGAGUCUCCCUUGCAUGGUCGGUACAGAGGUAGAUCUAAAUCAACUGCUUCCAAAAGUGAUAAUGGGUCUCCCUCAUAUGUUCGAUACAGAGGUAGAUCUACAUCAACUGCUUCCAAAUCUGAUAAUCUCCAUGAAAAAUUAGAUGAAUCUACAAAUGGAAUAGUACCUUUAUUUAGAGGUCCUCAGAAUGCACAGAUUGAUACUUCGGAAUUACGUCGAAUUAAAGUAGAUAUUCAUAGGAAUAUUCCUGCAAAAGGACCUGUUACCGAAUUAGAAAGAGCUAUACUUAAUCCUGAAGAUGUGAUCGUCAAGAGAAGAGAGGGAGAGGGAUGUAAACCAAUAUUCGAUAGGGAAGAAUUAAAAAAAGUUAUAAACAAAACUAACGAAAUAGAAGAACAGCGCACAGCUGUAUUCAUAAAUAAAGAACAAUCGGCCUCGACAAUCAAGUCACAUUCCUUAUCCUUGAGUCCUAUUAGGAAUCGUGUCUAUUCUGGAUAUCUAUCUUCCUAUCAAUCCAGUCACUUGGAUUUGAAUCAGGAUAAGACAGAAAAAUGUGAUACUCGUAAAGAUGAUGAGAGAAGCGAUUUAGAGAAACGCAGAGAAUAUAAAGAGAAAUAUACCGAAAGAGAUGGCGCAAAUAAGCAUGAUAAUAAUCGAUCGCGUUCUAGAGAACGAAACUCACAUUCCAGGCCAUUUAUUGAAGAGAGAUCUUAUCGCGACAGAUAUCGUGAAAAAUCAAAUGAACGUUCUUAUGAAAGAAGAGAUAGAGAGAGGGAGAGAAACAGAGAAAGAGGUAGGAAUAGAGACAGAACUAAAACUAGAGAUAGAUCCAGAGAACGAAGAAAUAUAGCAUCACGUUAUAUCGAAUCGCCAAUAUCUGUACCUAUCUGUUAUGGUAGUUUUCCUCCGAGACCUAUCGUAGUAAACCCUAUGGUUCCAUUAAGAGGACAAAUUUCUUCUAUGGGAAGAGGCAGACAUCCUACUUUAAUGGUACCAGUUAGACCAUUUCCACCAAGAUUUCCUCCAAAUAUGUACAGUUUGGGACAUCCAUCUCCAAAUCCAAGAUACGGACCAUUUUGAAACGGUGGAUAUCUUUAUACAUUAUCGAGAAUAUUUUAUGAAGACAAAAUCAAUAUAUAAUCUAUUUUAAUAUUUGCUAUAUAUUUGUGAGGACCUAUUGGAUAAUAUAUUUUGUUACUUAGAUAUACAUUUAAGAUUUUACUGUAUUAGAGAAUGUAGAAUGAAGCUAUCCCAAAUAGCACAUAGCGUUUACAAAACGUUAACAAAGCACUAAAAAAAUCGCUUUUUUUAACGUUUUACAAGCGCUGCUACUUGGGAUAUAUUCACGAUGUCAGAAAUUGUUCCAAGAUCUCAAACUGAGAAAGAGUUUGUCAAUUGCAUUGAUCAAUUAAUCGAAUUGUUCGAACGUGAUUUAUUAAUUCCUUCUUCAUCUAAGAUUUCAGAGCAAUUUCUAGCAUCGGGAACAUAAGGCUUUAGAAUAAAUAUUAUACUGGUUGGAAGAAUUUAUUCAUAGGUUUGCGUUGUUUGAAAUUUCCAAGAAUUUUAGCAUUUAAAAAGACGCAGAUUGAGAUAAACAUAUAUUUGAGCGUUGAAGAGAGAGAGAGAGAG